AUGAUGGUUUUCAUUUCAGCACUAGUCGGUCCUCCCACAAACAUCCGUGUAGAGGCCACGUCGAACAGCUCAGCUGUGGUUCAGUGGGACUUUGAGAAUGGACAGGUUGAUGGAUUCGUUGUGAAGUAUAUGCACGAGCCCGGGGGGCGCUCCGACACUGAGAGAUGGACUGCGCGAACAGUGAUGAGCCCGAACUCACGUCAUCUCGAAGUUCCGCAUCUAACUGCUCACAAACCAUAUGCUUUUUGCGUCUUGGCAAUAAAAAAUAAUCAAAGACCGACGACAUUUAGCGUGCAGGGCACCAAUCACGCAAAUAGCGAAAAAGUCGCAUUUUCGUUGGUACAUACCCAUAAGGUUUUCCGAAAAAGUUUAUUAAGUUUUUUUUUUGAAAUAGGUGAUUUUACAUUAUGAUC